UCCUGCUGACGUUUCCACACAGAGGUAGAUUUCCAGAUUUCCGCGUUAUAAAUGCUAUGCAUCCGAGUUAUUUUCCUGGGCUCAAACGACGUUGACAGCCUCAGAAAAACACACGUCAGCAUGGAAAAACGCAAGAUAUCAGCAAUAGUCUUCGACCUGGACAACACGCUUGUUGAUACAGCAGGAUCCGGUCAGGUGGCCUUUAAGAAGGUCUGUGAACUGCUGAAGGGUAAAGUGGAACAUGCAAACGUUGAUGACAUCUGUAAGCGGUUUACACAAAAACUUCUAACGGAAGUAUUUGAUCCAUCAGGAGACCGAUCAAUCGACGAAGUGCGGAUAAACCACUGGCAGGAUGCUCUCCACGAAAGCACUGUGGAUCCCAGCCAGGGGUUGGCCUCAGACUGUUACUACACAUGGAAGACCACACGCCUCCAGACACUAGCUUUAUCUCCUGAAGUACUGGCCCUGCUGGAAGAGCUGAGGAGCUCCUACAAGCUACUGCUGCUAACCAAUGGGGACACCCAGACUCAAAGGGAGAAGAUAGAGGCAGUGAGAUGCGAGGGACUGUUUAACUCUGUGGUAGUCGGGGGGGAACACGCUGAGCAGAAGCCGGCAGCCUCCAUUUUCACGCACUGCUUUGAGCUUCUGGGGGUGGAGCCGCAGGACUGUGUCAUGGUGGGAGACUCUCUAGACACAGAUGUCCAGGGUGGCUUUAACGCGGGGGUCCGAGCUACAGUGUGGAUUAACAAGGGAGGACGCGCUCCUCCAGAGAACGCUGCAAAACCAGAUUACACCAUUUCCUCUGUGUUGGACUUGCCAAACAUUUUAGCUGAUCUGAAAUGAUUUUUAUUUUCCAAGGCUGCAGAGUGACUAAUAGCUUAACUCAAAUCAAGUGUUUUACUUUGUACAUGACUGGAAUUUUACCAUUUUACUUAUUUUGAAUAAACAUGUUACAUGAAUAAGGCUACAAUACUGACAUCAAUAUUCAUUCUUCGCCAGUGAGACCAAGAAGCUUUAUCUUGUUCAUAUAAAAAUAUCAUUGUAAUAUCAGAUCUCAUUUACAAUAAUAACCAGUACAGCGUAGUCAUUAGACUAGCACUCUGCCCCUCACAGGAACUCUGGGGGCCUAUGAUGCAAGAUAACUUGGUAAUCUAGUUCUCAUUUAAAAGACUCUCUCAGGCACUU